AUGACGGGGAUGUACGAUGUGCGUAAAGAGGCUGCAAUGCGAUCUCACUCUCCAGACAGACUCCCCAGCUUCCUCUAUUCACUUGUGUACCACCCAUUCCCGUUCAACUCGAUUAUCCCCACGCGCUCUAUAGUUGUCAACCUCUUCGGUACCAUCACUGCCGGAAGCACAAACCACCGUCCAAGGCAGGAAAGUACUACGGUUCCUAUGUUCCCUGAAAACCUUUCUGGGCCUGGCCAGGGACGAACGAGCACUGUCCAACAAUGCCCGGAGUAUUGUUCUUGUCGGGCCCUCCGUCUCCCGUAUGCCUUUUUUUUUCUUUUCGGAACGUGCAUGCUUUUCGUCCUUCCUGAAACCCAUCGUAUCACCGGUACCUCUGAAUUACUGAGCAGGUCAUUAUCUCCACCUCAUUCAAUAGUGGAUGCGCGCGAAUCUCCGCCACGAUUCCACUCCGGUGUCCUCAGACGGGACGGUUUCCUGCAGGAGGGCCCACCGAAGGCCCUCAUGAAAUCCUCACGGCGUCCACGGGCCUGUGAUACGAAGGAUCCAAGCUCGGUACAACAGCGCGUCAUGACCGACCCCAGACAAUCCAACAGCGCCAUAUCUUAUGAAGUCAAAUAUCUUUGUCACCCAGUCAAAGUAUAUGCGCCGGGAAUUCUCACCAGCGUGAAAAUGAACAGUAGAGAUGAGGCAAAAGAGGCAGAUCUAUAUGAUGCUCUCGCUGGUGAACAACAGGUGACAGCAAGAGAAGGGGGGACGCAAUUCCGUGCUCCACGGAAAGCCGUGACUGUGACGGAAUGGCAGAGCAUCGUCCUUCCUUCUUCCCUUCCUUCCACCACGACAGCAGAACUCUCUGCUGGCGACUCUUACCAUCUGGUGAGAACGAACUCAACGAGCGUUACCCCUUAUUCCUGCUACUGCUGGAAAGGACUGCAGAUUGCACUUGGAGCGACUACCCGAUACCUACCGACGGGAAGAUAUCUUGCUCACGGUCCUAGGAAGCUGUCAAAGGUCGGUUCAUCACGUAUAUCAUUGCUUCAAGAAAGUGAAUAA